ACUAUUCAGACCGUCAACUUCAAAUAUGACGGCGCCGCUGAAUACUCACACGACGUUGUCACAGAUAACUAAAAGACGACUGGAGUUUGGAGUAGACAUAGAAACAUUUAGAGUCAACGAUAGACGACAAGAUCGCAUAGAAAGCGAAUCGUCAAUGGAGGAGGACAUAGUGGGUAAACGACGCCGCCGACUGCUCGACGAUGACCGAAGAGACGAAACCGAUCCUUAUCAUCUCAACUUUACGUCACAUCGUCCCAAUAUUCUCCGUCACCAUGACGAAGAUGAGGAAGCACUCCUCCAAAAAACUCAAAAUGCAUUGAGAACUCUUACAAAUUGGUCUCGAGAACAAACUAUACCGGCUGAUGAUAACGAAGAUGCAAAUGAUUUUGACAAUCUUUUCAAUGAUAAACGUUCGGAUAAAAUGUUGCCAUCUUCCCCAUCUCAAUCUUCCGAUACCGCGGAACAUUCACACAAAAGUUUUUCGAUGCAUAAUCAAAACAACGAUCAUCAAACAAAUACAUACGACAACAUUGAUCACGACGAUAACUCUCAAAGGACAUUAAAAAUGGAGCAAGAAAAUAGUAUAGAUCAUUAUGACAAGGUAGAUAAAAGCCCUAAUCAUUAUGAGACGCCAAAUUUCGACGAACUUGUAGAUUCAUCAUCCAACGAACUAGAAAUUGACAUGUCUGAUCGGAUCGAUGACAAGUACGAGGAUGACAGAGAAGCUAAACGAAGAAAAGGGGAAAUAGCAGCUGUCAAUAAACAAUCUUUAUACAACGCGUAUAAGGCUGCAACAGCCUCAUUACCAUAUUCAACUCAAUCAGCAUUCAAGCCCCCAGCAGAAGUUAAGCAUAAGAUCCAAGGUUCCUCGUUUCCCAGUGAGCCAUUCGGAGGGUACUCGCACGAUCACGAGAAGAGUUCGUUUCACAAAGGAUCAAAGCACUAUACCGUAUUGCAGCCAGCCGGUGCUGGGUCUCGAGCUGCAACAGCUUUACAGGAGGCACGGACCGUACCCUCAGCUCAGCCAGCCCGAGACUCACGACCUCUUACUGCACUUUCUCCACCAGUCGCCAGAGAAGGCAACAAGUGUCCAACUCCUGGUUGCAAUGGGCAGGGCCACGUUACUGGCCUCUAUACGCACCACCGAAGUCUGUCAGGAUGCCCAAGAAAGGAUAAAGUUACCCCUGAAAUAUUGGCGUUGCACGAGACAAUCCUAAAGUGUCCUACUCCUGGCUGCAACGGUCGGGGUCACGUCAGCUCAAACCGCAGCACGCACCGGUCUCUCUCCGGGUGCCCGACAGCCGCUGCACGCAAAGCAGCCGCUCGCUCGCAAAGAGGACGACCUCCAGGUAUAACCUACUGCCCUACAAAACAUUCUGCGCCUGUUAGUACGUCAACUGAAACAUUAACCGCGGCCCGUGAACGCGAAAGACUUCAAGCGGCGUCGCCGCGGAGUCCACCCGUGAAACGCGAGGCUCCCGAACUGCUUGUACCGAAGCGAGAGGCGGCCGAGCCCGAGCGCGACUCCCCCGGCAUGGAGACGCGCCACGCCGGCUACGGCGCGCCGCCUGAUCAGCGAUCACCAUACGAGCGACCCCCAGAUGACCACGUACGGUCUUACAGUCAAAUGAACGAGGCUCGAUACGGCUAUGAGACUCGUUGCUACGAAGGAGCACCAGCUUUCGAGCGCUAUGAUCCCGCACAAUGUCCCCAGCGGCCCUACGGAUGGGAAGAUGAACGUUAUCACGACCCUCAUCUACCAACACCUAUGAAAACAGACCAGUCAGAACAAGAGACUAAUUCUGGCCCCAUAUAUCCUAGACCAAUGUACCAUUAUGAAGCCGGUGGAGUAGGGGGUGUGGCGGGCGUCAGCGCGAUGGGUCCAGGCGUACCCCCCGGUUUCUCCGCGAUCAAUCUCUCGGUGAAGAUAGCCGCUGCACAGGCGCAGCGACCACGCAGUCCCACGCCUAGAGAUCCUCGUGAUCCACGUCCAGCUAUAGAUCUUUCCACGUCUAGUGGUAGUCCACAGGGUCCAUAUGCAUCACCGGUGUACACGAGUGCCGGUGGUGGAGGUGGGGGCGGAGCCCGAGGCAGCCCGCAGCCGGGCGCUUCGCCUCAGCUUACAGCCAGUCCCCAAGUUCCCAGUCCACAAGGCCAGACUCUCGACCUUAGUGUGUCCCGUUUACCACAUAGUCGAAGUUUUCCCGGUAGCGUCUCAUACAGCCGAGAAUCAACACCAGACAGUGGAGGAAGCCAUCCAUACCUUGAAGCAUACCACCGAGAUACUGCGGGUUACGGCGGUGUGAGUCCUCACCCUGUAGCUGGUUACGGCCUCGCUCAGCCGGAUUACGCUGCAGCAGCUGCCGCCGCCGGCUACGGUGGCUACCAGUACCAGUGCGGCGCGUAUCCACCUCCGCCCGCGUACCCACCGCACGCGCCACCGUACUCUCCGCCCUGCUACAUGCCACCGCCCCACACACCUCAUGACAAGCCGAAGGAUAGCAGUUUGUAUAUGUGCAGCCUGUCGGGGUGUCCGCGCGCCGACCGUUCGCAGCUCCAACCGCACUCCCAAGAACUGAAAUGUCCCACUCCCGGCUGCGACGGCUCCGGUCACGUGACCGGCAACUAUUCAUCACACCGGUCGCUCUCCGGUUGUCCCAGAGCUAACAAGCCAAAAAGCAAGCCAAGAGACGGACAGGAUUCCGAGCCCCUUAGAUGCCCUAUACCGGGCUGUGACGGAUCUGGACAUGCUACAGGGAAAUUCUUAUCGCACAGAAGCGCUUCUGGGUGCCCAAUUGCAAAUCGGAACAAAAUGCGAGUACUAGAGAGUGGAGGAAGCGUGGAACAGCACAAAGCAGCUGUGGCGGCGGCAGCGUCCGCAAUAAAAUUCGACGGCGUAAAUUGCCCAACGCCCGGGUGUGACGGAUCUGGACAUAUAAACGGGUCCUUUCUAACUCACCGUUCAUUGUCCGGCUGUCCGGUUGCCGGAGCUACCACGCCAACACCGCAACCAAAGAAACCGAAAUAUCCAGAUGACAUCACGCCGCUUUAUCCGAAACCCUAUUCAGGUAUGGAUAUUAACAUGCAAACAGGCGGAGGAGAGGAUCUCAUGACGCUAGAACAAGAGAUAACUGAAUUGCAACGUGAAAACGCAAAAGUAGAGUCACAAAUGAUUCGUCUAAAGUCAGAUAUUAAUGCUAUGGAAUCGCAUCUCAGCCAGGGCGAAAGAGACAGUCAGAUGAUAAUGCAACGGACCAGCAACAUUAAUGAAUACUACGAGAGUCUCCGCAACAACGUGAUAACGUUAUUGGAACACGUGAAAAUCCCGGGAGGUGGAACGGCAAGCACGGCUCCCGCGCCCGGUGCGCCCCCUCCACCCGUCCCGGGUGUCAAGCCCGCCCACGAUAACUUCGACUCAUAUUUGACCAAACUUCAGACACUCUGCUCGCCCGACGGCUAUUGUCCCGACGAAAACCGACCAAUUUACGAAACAGUGAAAAAUGCACUUCAGGACUUCACAGUUCUUCCGACGCCUAUUUAAGGCUCACCCAGCGCCGCCGACGAAGAGCGACAUUGAUAUUGUUAGCUAUUACGAUUGCCAUCGGCGGAGCUUAAUUAGAAUUUUAACAGGCGGUUUACUUCCGUUGUGUACGAUGAAAACUUUCUAAUAUUAGAGCUAUUUACCAAAGGUGUAUCUUUUAAGACUGUCGACGUUUAUGUCAAAUCGAAUGCAGUGAAUGAUUAAUAUAGCUGUGUACAGUGUCGAAAACGUGAAAAGGUCCUACGGACAUUAUGUGGUCUAUUUAGAUAAUGAUGUCUAUUUUAUAAACCGUUGUAUACGAUGUGUGACUUCUUUAAGACAUCACGUUAACACUCGAAAAAUUCGAUUAUUAAUGUUUAAGAUGGACUUAAAUUUAAAUUAAAAUGAAUUUUAAACACUGUUACUCGUAUAUGCUUAAUAUAAGUUUUAUGUUAGGUGAAGUUUAUACAAUCGCAUGUAAGCUAUUUUAGCCCCACCAAUUCACCGACCGGGAUGCAAAGUGUAAAUAUGUACGUAUUUCAUUAAUUAGAUAUUAUGUUAGAAUUGCCAGGCUACUGUCGAAGUGGACGGUGUAUAGAAUAAAUAAAAUCACUUUGUCAAGCAAAGAAACGUAAUAUAUAGAAAAUAAGAAUAUAACUCUAUGUUUAUGUUCAUACUGGGAAUGUGCCAAACGCUUCCGCAGGAGCACCUGAUCGCUGACAUAUUAAGACUAUUAUUGGUAUAGAAAUGAUGAAACGAAAAUUAAUAAACAUUUAGAAGACUCUAGUCAGUUUGUAAAUAAAUUGUGAAUACAUAGUUGCCACGUCUUAAUGACGUUCUUAUUUAUAUUAGGAAAUAAAACGAUCUCAUUAGAUCAAGUAAGUUAAAUAAUUCAGUCAUUAAUUGAUAACCAAAUUAGGUGUAAAUUAAUAAUUUCUUUGUUAGCCAAUGUUCACUCGCUGUGAUUAUGUUACGUGUUACUUAUUUAUUGUUACCUUUAAGGAUGUGAUAGCUCAAAUCGAGACGGGUUAGCGUUAUUUUGCAAUAUAUUAUUUGUAGCGCUUCACUCAGUGCAAUUAUUGUUUUAACUGUAGAUAAGCAACGCAGGAUGUUUUGUUAAAUAUUUUAUAAAUUCAUCGACAAUUUCUCUUUAAAUCACAUUGGUACACAGAUCAAUAAUUAUAUUCGCAUUUAAAUAUUAAACCUAUUACUAUGUUACUACUCUGAUUGUCAUAUACGUUUCUGUAAAAUAUUGAGUAUGUGUUGUUAAAGAGAAUAA